GAAUUAAGAACCAAUUUAGUGGAACUUUGCGUUGCUACGUUGGUAGCCUUCAAAACUGACGUAAAAUUUAGUGACUUUUUGUCCGGCCGAUGGUCCCGCGAACGGCCGAUCGGUACCGAAGACACCCGAACAACAUCGUUCAUCGUUUUCGCUAGGUUAUAUGUGGUUGUCAACACGUGUAGUGGAAAAUUCACCAUAGAAAAACCGAGUUAAUUGAUAGAAAAGCGACGAAAAUGUCAGUUUGGCAGCGUGUGGCCAAACCCACCACACGUAGGGGUAAAAGGGUUCUGCUGAAGAGAGAGCCGCAAGUGGUAGAGGGUCCCAAGCGGGCGCUGUUUUUCCAAGGCAGAAAGUGCUCGGAGAAGGUGCGAGCCCUGCUCAAGGAUCUGCACGACUUUAAGAAACCCGACGGCGUGAAAUUGAACAGAAAACACGACAUCACAGUGUUCGAAAACGCCAAGCCAGUGGAAGAUGUCUGUAGGAAAUACGAAGCUCCAUUAUUCAUGCUGGGCUCUCACAGCAAAAAGCGCCCCGACAAUCUAGUCAUAGGCAGAAUGUUCAACUACAAUUUACUGGACAUGAUAGAGUUAUACGUGGAAUCCUUCACCGGCCUGAAGGAAUUCGCCGAGUCCAUUACGCUCGGCACCAAACCCUGUCUCGUAUUCAACGGCCCGCUCUGGGAGCAAACCGACGAACUGAAGCAACUGAAAUCCUUAUUUAUCGACUUUUUUCAUAGGGAAACCGUAGAGAAUAUUAGGUUACAAGGCUUAGAGCACACCCUUAGUUUUAACGCCACUCCGGACGGGAAAAUCCUGCUCAGGUCCUACAAAAUCAUACUUAAAAAGUCUGGUGUGAAAACGCCGCGGGUGGAACUGGACGAAAUUGGUCCCCGAGUCGAUUUCACACUAAGACGCAGCAAACUGCCGGACGAGGAUCUGAUGAAGGAGGCCUGUCGCAAGCCGAAGGAGCUGCGGGUGAUCAAGAAGCAGAACAUUAGCACUGACGAGCUGGGCAAUACACACGGUCGCGUACACAUGGGCAAACAGAACAUCAAGACGAUACAGACGAGAAAGAUGAAGGGUUUGAAAAAGACGGCGGCCGAGAGGAAGGCGGAGAAACUGAAGAUUCUCAAGGUUGUGAAUAACAACGAGGCCGUUGCGGAGAAUGGGGAUCGAUAGUCGUUAAGGAAUUGGAAGGGUUUGUCGGUGUUGUCAUUUCGAUUUGUUGGUGUUGCCGGAGACGUUUGUGCGAAUUUGGUUGAUAAUUUCAGGUUUGCAAACUGUGUGGUAACUGAUGGGUAACUUUAUCUUCGUGAUUCGAGUGUACCCAAAAGGUUCGUUCAUAUGAAUCUUUUUUCUGUAUUAUUUAGAGGCAACUUGGGUUAAACAAUGAAGUUCUUCAUUAGUUAUCUAAUAGUUAGGAAGCAAUGAUAAGUGAGUUCUAUUUUAUAUCUCUGUUGAAAGAGAAUCGAAUUUUGCGUACAAUUAAAUUGAAUUCCUUGUUAAUUACUGGUGCAGUUUUUUCUUGCAAAGCUCUCUCUUCUCCUAAUGUUGAGUGCCACUAUAAUAAUUGUGCCAUCCUGUAUAUUGAUUUUUCUUUAUCUAAUUUACAAAAUUUGAAAGUGGGCGUUAUAUCACCAGUACUCAAUUUUAAGUUUAUUAUAAGGGCAUUUGCAACAAUUAAUUGAAAUGACAAUAUAGCGGGAAUAAUGCAAAGUGAGGAGAGUUUUUAAUAAAAAUUAUCAAAACCAUUUAUGUUAAAUAAUUUUUAAGAAAAACUUGUAAAAUAUUGAUAAUCCGCAGUAAAUUCGGCGUCCAGCGGAACAGGUAUCCGCUGGAAAUUGCAUUUACUGCAUUUACUCGCUCUGUCAAAUUUAUUUUAUCCCUUAUUAUAUUUAAGUUUUGUAUAUAUGUUAUUUUUUAAAAAGUAAACUAAUUAAUAUACAGUUAUACAAAAAUCCACACCGUUCUUCAAUCGAUCGCAAACACCUCGAGUGAUUAAAAAGGC